AUAAUAAUGUUGAAAACAACAAUGACUAGAAAAUGGCGUCAACGAGUACUAAAGUGGUUGUACAGGGCCGGCAAAAUAUCCAAGCUUUUUUUUUGCAUUUAUUUAGUAUCAUGUAUAAGUAGAGUAAUUUGACUGCUUAAGGGUUAGUUUGGAGCGGCACACAUUAAACCACCUGGUGCACAUUUACAUAAUUCCAGUACAAAUUCAACAAAUAAUUCAAAUCAGUAUAAAUUAUUCAGUAUGCUAUUUAAUCCUAAUGCUUUUUUAAAACUUCAAAUAAUAGCAAUAGAAAAAGUUCCAAUAUUAACAAAAUCUGAAAAAUUAUAACACAAACAAAGUCUUGUGUUUGAUUAUAAUUUAAACGGUUCAUUGGGACACUCGUUAGCAUCAACGGUAUCAUCAAUUCCAAGUAGUUCAUUUUACCCAAAUGAUACUGUUGAAUCAGUAGUAGGUAACGCAUUAUACCAAUUGCAUUUAAACAACCAAUUAUGUCUAGUAGACUCAAUGCACCGAGACUCCAGCUCUCCAAAAUGCAAUUCAAUAUCUUCUGGUCUCGCGAGCUCUGGAUUACUCGGUAGUUCUGCGCCAGUUAAUAUUCCCGGUAUGGCUGAGCGCUCGGUUUUAUCUAAUUUUUCAUCUUCUACGUCCAGUCCACUGCAGCAUUUACAAUCCACUAGAUAUUCAACUGGAUCAAGAUUUUCCCAUCAAGAUCCAAUUGAAUCUCCGAUAUCAGUUUUAAGUCAUUCAGUAUCAGAUCUAUUUUUUAAUCACAUAUCUCAAUUAAGUAGCUCGACAUAAAAAACCAUCGGUUUCAAUAGUAGUCUAUUUAAUUUUGCAAAUCAAUUAUCGCCAUCGCGCACACAACCAUUAGGAGCAUCUCCACUUGAUAAUGCAUUUUCAAUAAGCCCUAGUAAUUCUGGAUCACUGUCAGAGCUCAUUCUCAUUGCCUGUGCGUAUUAAAAAAAACUAAGGAUGGCAUCCAAGUUGAUGAAGCCCGUCAUAAUCAUACUCCACCUCAGACACUACAAAGACGGCAAUUUAUUAAAGAUUUAAAAACUGCUGCAUCUUCCAGCAAUCGUCGAGCAAGUGAUAUCAUUAAUAAUGUUUAUCGUCAAUCUGAUCCAUCGGUCAAAGAAAUAAAUGCUUCUCGCAAUAUUCUUAACAAUCAUAGGCGAGGGGUGGUGCCUAAACCACCUGAAUCAAUUGACUUAUUAUCCCUAACUAUUGACAACUACAAGUGUAUCGAAGACUGCUACCAAGGGUAUUAUGUCACUGAUAAUGGUUCAGUCGCUUUUUUUUUUUCAAAUAAAUUUUUGUUGAAGAAAAUAAGUAGAUCAUCAGAAAUUAAUGUGGCUGUUUCAUACAAGUCAUUUCCAGAAACUCCAUCGAUUUCCCAACUUAUGUCGUUUCAUUUAAAGAAAAAUGAUAAGAGUAUUCCAGGAUUAUUUGUAAUUUGUAGCUCGAACUCAUAUGAGUUAUAUUCUGAUAUCUGGACUUUUAUUUGUGGAAAAAUUCCGAACAUCAAGAACUGUCUAAAAACUAUAUUUUGUGAUUACGAAAAUGAUCUCGUUCGUGCAACCAGAGAUAUAUUUCCUUCUUUGGAAAUUAGGGGAUCAUGGUUCCAUUUCAUCAGACUAUGGACCAGGAAAUGGAGAAGCUUGGAUUUGCCAUUUGAUUCAAUCCAUCCAAUUUUAAAAUUGUGUUGGGUUCUCCCUCUACUUCCUGUGGAUAAAUUCAAAAGUGCGUUUGAUACCAUGUUGUCAUUGGCUGGAACAGAUGAAACAAAUAGUGUCAAUUUAACAAUGUUUGUUACAAAUUUAAAAGUAUGGUGUGAACCUUUAGCACAUAUGCUGUCAUUUACUAAUGAUGCCGAUGAAAAUGAUAUUAAUAUAUCAGAAGAUUUUAUUAGAAAAAUUGAGAAUCAUCUCGGUUACAAACCCAAAUUACAUCGUUAUUUUGAUAAUAUUGCUAAAGUUAUUGAAACUUCGACUGAAGAAUGGAAAAUUAAAGAUACUAAAAAAAUUCCCCGCAAAGCAUUCCAAAUUCGGAUCGAUAACACAAUAAGAUCGUUUCAAAAUUUAUUAGUUAAGGAUAAAAUUACUAUAAAUGAAUUUGUGAUUAAUAUUUUUAAAGACAAGGCUUUUGUUGGAGAAAUCAAACAUCAACUUUCACAUGUUCAAUAUAAAUUGGAUAAUGGUGUAUUAGAGCACGUACCUGAUUACCGGAUUUUUAUGAGCAAUCCUAGUUUAGCUGUUACCGAGGAUGAAAAUACAUCAAGCAUUAAUGAAGACAGUUCUAAUGAAGAAAAUUCUAAUGAAGAAAGUUGUAAUGAGGAAAGAUCUGAUGGCGAAAGUUCUAACGACGAAAGUUCUGAUAGCGAAAAUUCUGAAGAAGAAAAUAGCAGAACAAGUAGUGAAGAGAACUAACCAAAAAUGCAGAUAAAUAUUACUUAUUAUUUAACAAAUAGUGCUUAUUAUUUAUAUUAUACGGCGAUAUUUUAUAUUAUAUAUUCGAUAAUAAAUUUAUUGAAAGUAA